CCGUACCUCAGGCCUCAGGCUUGGAGAUGAGUUUCCAGAGAUAACAAGAUAUCCAGUCCGGGUGUCUUUUCCACUGUUGGACAGUUCCAUCAAGAUCUGCGCAGCCAUUCCUAUAAAUGACCCGUAAUGCUGGAUAUUGCGAGUCUGACUUGAAAGCUCCUUAUCACAAGCUGUCCAUCCUGUUUCAUAUGAGCCAAAUUCUUGUCAGAACCUCCUGUCCAAAGCUGUCUAGGACCGCGUUGCUUGACUUACAGCAAAUGCCCGAAUAUUCCUUUUCCCUCACCAAUCACAGUCACGACACUUCCUUCUGCAAGUUAGAUAGCAACAGUCAGCUUU